CACUAAAAAAUUAAGCUGCGACGAAGGGGUUGCGGAUGAGUUGUUGAUAACAAUCUCCUGUGGUGCCGAAAGGAUGUUGGCCGCGGCCUUCCGGAGACUUUCUGGCCAUACACUCCGCCCGGCCACAACUUUCGUUCGGUGGCAGAGCAGUGAAACCAGUGGCGGCAACACCGUAGGUGGGAAGAGCACCGUUAAAGAUGCGGAUACUAUUUUCGACAAGAUCAUACAGAAAAAGAUCCCGGCCGAAAUCAUCUACGAGGACGAACAAUGCCUAGCGUUCAACGAUGUCUCACCGCAGGGACCGGUGCAUUUUCUCGUGAUUCCGAAGCGUAAAAUACCCAAACUCGAAGACAGUGCAGCGAACGAUAAGGAGAUCCUUGGUCAUUUGCUGCACGUUGCGGGACAGUUGGGAAAAUCCAAAGCACCCCAGGGAUUCCGGCUUGUAAUUAACAACGGCGAUCACGGGUGCCAGACCGUUUACCACAUUCAUCUGCAUGUGAUCGGAGGACGCCAGCUUGGGUGGCCACCGGGAUAACUGUCGGGGUACGAACUAUCUAGUAGUAUCCUAUUUGUUAACCGAAGUUCCCAAAUAAAUUGUAGUACCCAGCUGGGAAAUUAUUAAUCUUUUUGCGC